AUGAUUACGAGAAUAGCAUUGACCAUCAUAGCGCUGCUGGAGCUUGCGCUGGCCCACGGUGGCCAUGAACAACAACCCAUACCAGCAGACGCAGACUGGGCAACGCGGCAUAUGGCUGAGGAGCAUCACAUCACCUCCUUCGACGCCGGAGCUUUCUUCAACCUCCACGACUACGACAGCAGCAAUGAGUGGACACGUGAGGAUAUCCUCAAGACCUACGGUCUCAAAGAUGAGUCUACCCACCAUAUCUCGCAGGCCGAGAAGGACGCGGCAGUGGACAAGGUAAUUGCGCUCUACGACCGAGACUUGAGCGGCUCCAUAUCGUUCGCCGAGUUCACUAUUGGCGAUGCGCAAGGCCUCAAGAUGCCCGAUUUUGGCUAUGGCCCUGGCCAUCACGGAGAUGACGAGUACGAGUAUGAGAUCCACCAUUACGAGAAGUACCACGGGGAAGACGCAACGGAGGAGGAAUUGAAUCAUCCAGAAGACAUUGAGCACUUUCGGAAGCACGACAUGCUCGAGCAGCAGCAGGAAAGACAGGAGCAAAUGGACCGAAUGUCGAUCGUGGAAGCCAACAUUCCGGCCAAGUUUCGUCGCAAUGGCUGA